CCGAGCUAAGGCAAUCGAGAGAGAAUCGCGCACUUUUGUAUCUACCACAUUUAUCUUCUUCGUCACUGCGAUUUAAUUGCAGAUCAGUCCCUCCGCCGUCUCCUCCGCCUCUGCAACGACGGUAGCGGACAAGGGGGAUCGAAUUCUUGAAAUUUGGUUGAGAUCAGUUUUCGCAAUUCUGCUGUUGUUGAUUUUGAACUCUUCAUUCUAGUGGAAUCAUUUCUUUCAGCACCAUAAUCAAUUGCUGUAGUAAUUUAUGGAUAUAAUGGUGAUAUUGUACUGCGACCUUACUACUUAGAGGGUGAGAUUGCUAUGAAAUGAGGUAUAUCUGACCCGUUCAAGUUCUCUUUGUUUUAAACGUUGGCAAAGACGAAUCAUUGGCGUUCAGAAAAUCUCAAUGAUUCGAAAACGCUUCCAAGAGGCUAAAACAGGUCUGCAACUGGUGAAAUCGAUGAGAACUGAGAAGUUCUUGAAGAAAGUUGGACUUGGCAGAGAGGAUGGUUAUUUCUGGAAGCAAAUUGGAAAGGCUCUGCUGUGUACAUAUACUCUGAUCGGCGCUGCAUGGCUUUACAACGAAACAUCGCCAUUUGGUUGGUGGACGCUGAAGCCACGGUCCAAGGCAGAGAAAGAUCUUGCUCACCUCUACGAGCGGCGGGAGUUUCCAUAUCCAGGUGAUGAAGAAGCUAUGGAGGAGUUCAUUGCGAAGGGAGGAAUGAUCGGAACGGCGAUCGGUCCAAAGGGGAUGGUUGAUUUUGAUAAGGAUUCUUAUAACUAUGAGAAAGAAUUAGAGAAGAACAAGCUGGAGCAAGAGGCCCAGAAGCUAUGGUUCAGGAUGAGAAACGAGGUUAUUUCAGAGCUUCAGGAGAAGGGCUACGAUGUUGAGUGAGGUAACACUCUUGAAUGUCUUAAUUUGUGUAGACGUUCUGAAAUAGUCAUAUGCCUGAGUCCUUCAAAUUUCUAAAAAAAUGUUUAGGGUUUAAGGUUUAGAGUUUAGCUACUACUUGCAAAAAUCGAGUUAAAUCAUAAAUUCAGUCUCCCUUAUUUAAGUGGGUGUGAAAUAAGUACGGUAAUAAUUCUCUAAA